UUACUGAUCAUAUCUUCCACUCCCCGGGUUAUCCUAGGAGCGAUUGACCGUCUUUGCCCGCCUGAAUCGCAAUUGUACCACUUCGUUGUCGCAUAUACCAAGAUUGUGAUAUUUAUGUGCCCCGGGCCAGUCCCGCUCCGAAGCCUUCCAUCAUCCACCCCAUCUCACGAUUUUGUAUUCAAAUAUUUACAAUGUCUAUAACCACGGAUAUUGUAUCAUGGACCUUCGGAGGAGAAGGAGGGUUGUCAGACCCUGAUAAACCUAUCCUGAUUGACACUGCGGACACUACUCGUGCUCUCUCACAUGCUCAGAUCAAGAGCUACGUGCGGAGGCUCGUCGCGGGUUUGCGUGCCAUCGGCGUUGCACCGGGCGAUUGUGUCUGCGUGAAUUCCUUCAACGACAUCCUUUACUAUGCGAUUUACCUAGGUGCCAUCGGCACUGGAGCCCGUUGGACAGGUGUCAACCCGUCCUACACCGCACAUGAGCUCACCCACCACAUGUCCAUGACGGAAGCUAAGGUGCUAAUCGUCGAGCCGGCCUUGCUCACCACCACCCUAGAAGCCGCGAAGGAAUGUGGGAUCUCGGAGUCGAAGAUCUUUGUAUUUGACGUGCAUGAUGAAAACACACACCCACAUCUCCAGUCGUGGGAUGUGCUGCUCCAACAUGGCGAGGAAGAUUGGGUGAUGGUGGACGAUCCCUACACGACGACUGCGACGUACGCGUCGACGAGCGGAACUUCGGGAUUGCCAAAGGCAGCGUUUCUGCCGCAUUCAUAUCUCGUGUCGCAGGCAGAGCGACGGUUGUAUCCGAAGGUGCCCUACGAAGUCCAACGGCUUACCCCUCUCCCGCCCUUCCACGUCUUCGCGACACCCCUUGUUCCGUCCAGCAUCCACGCCGGCUGGCCGAUCUAUAUCAUGCGGCGUUUCGACAUGGCAGCCUUCAUUACCUCGAUUUCGAAAUUCGCCAUCUCCGAAACAUACGCGCCGCCACCGGUGCUGCUCGGGGUUCCGCAGUCGCCGCUAUGCACAAAGGAGAGCUUAUCGACCCUGCGGCAGAUCUGGACGGGCGGCGCGGGCGUGAAGUACGAGAAUCAGUUGCCGUUCUACGAGAAGUUGCAUCCGGAUGCGCAAAUUAACCAGGUGUGGGGGAUGACGGAAGCGGGGUGGGUGACGUGCGUGCAGUGGGGAGAGAAGUCGGAGGACGAUAGUGUUGGUCGGCCAGUAGAAGGAUUCGAGAUCCAAAUCAUGCCCGAGUCCGGCGACCUAGUCACCACCGACGACACCCCCGGCGACAUCCUCGUCCGCUCCCGCUCGCUCAUGCUCGGCUACAUCCAGAACCCCACCGCGACCGCCGACGCCUUCUACUCCCCCCAGGACGACUCCUCCCACCCCUGGCUCAAAACCGGCGACUGGGGCUUCCUCCGCCACGGCCGCGUCUUCAUCGUCGACCGCCGCAAAGACCUCAUCAAGGUCCGCGGCUGGCAGGUCUCCCCCGCCGAAGUGGAAGGCACCCUGCUCACCCACCCCGCGGUGCUCGAUGCCGCCGUCGUGGGCGUGCAGUUGCCGGACGCGGUGGCGGAGCACGCGCGCGCGUACGUUGUCGUGCGGCCGGGUCAGGAGGUCUCCGGGGAUGAGGUGCGGAAGUGGGUGGGGAAGAUGCUGGCGCGGUAUAAGGUGCCGGAGGAGGUGGUGUUCAUCGACAAGAUCCCGAAGAACAGCACCGGGAAGAUUCUGCGGAGGUUGUUGAGGACGCAGGACGUCCCUGUGGGGAGCGUGGCGGCGGAGUCCGGGGAUCACACGGUGCACAAGAGGGAUAGGGGGGCGGUGGUGGUGGAUGAAAGGGCGGGAGAUGAGAGUAGUAGUAGUAGUGGUAGUGGUAGUGGGGAUGAGGAUUUGGAGAGGGGGGAGGGAAAGGGCGGGGAGGAAAAAAUUCGGGCGGGGACCCUGGCAAGGGUUAAGGGGUCGGUGGUUGGGGUGCUCAGGGCAGUGCUGGCGCGGUUGAAAGGGCUGUGGGCUCGACUUUUCAAGUCCUAGGCAGGUGUACGGAAGGCCUGCACUUUUGAAUUUUCACCAUGGAGAUGGUAUGGUUACUUCGUUCCGGUUCGACGGUUGGUCGACCUUCGGCGGAGUUCAAUUGCUUAGAUUCGGACACUCACUUGUAGUUUGCCUGGCGCCUUGGAGGACGGAAUGGAUGUCGGCUCUUACUGAGUUGGACGGAUGGCCGGAUGGGGAAGGCAUAAUUAUUCAUGAUAUCCUUUGUGCGAACAGCUCAUGGCGAUGGGAUAUAGAUACGAUUACUGCAUAUACUGUUUAGCUUAUGAUAUGACGACGGCGGAAUGGUCAUACAUACUUAGCAACAUUAGAUAGAUUCAUGAUUUAAGCCUGUUCUCUUCUGCUAUUGCUU